AUGUGGAAGGACAUUGGAAAGGAGAUCGUCAUGGUUGUGUUGGAUUUCUUUGAGCAAGGAAUCAUUCCUUCAUCUUUGAACAACACAAUUAUCUCUCUGAUUCCUAAAGUUGAGAAUCUGACUAAAGCUGUUGAGGAUCGUCCUAUUGCUUAUUAUCUCAUAAAGGGCUAUAACAAGAAGAACAAUUCUCCUAGAUGUGCUAUGAAGAUAGAUCUAAGCAAGACUUAUGAUACUAUUGACAGGGGUUUCUUGGAGGACUUAAUGAAUGUUUUAUGUUUCCCGAGUAGAUUCAUUAAGUGGGUCAUGGUGUGUUUGAGGGGAACCACUUACUCUUUAAUGAUGAAUGGAAGAAUCCAAGUGCAAUUCAAAGGAGAAAAAGAGCUUAGACAAGGAGACCCAAUCUCUCCUUUACUGUUUGUUAUUGUCAUGGAUUAUCUCACUCGGUUAUUGCUCAAAGCGUCUUCUAACAAGGCCUUCAGUACUCUUGGUUCGGUGCAAAUUAUACAAGGUGCUUUUGAUGCUUUUUGUGCUGCUUCGGGCUUGGCUGCCAAUGGAAAUAAGUCCAACAUAUUUUUUAGGGGGCUUAGAGAUGAUGAGAAGGAUAAAAUCCUAGAUUGCACUAAGAUUGAAGAGGGAUCAUUUCCCUUAAAACAUCUUGGAGUUCCUUUGAGGCCUACCAAAUGGAAGGCUACGGAUUGUGAUCCUACAGUUAAGAAGAUCCAUGUGAGAUUGCAUUCCUGGUCGAGUCGUCUCCUUUCCUUUGUUGGUCGUGCUCAACUGAUCCAUUUAGUUUUGUUGGGGCUUAGAAGCUAUUGGAUGAAUAUUUUCCUGUUGCCCCAAAGUGUUGCUAAGGAAAUUGAUCGUCUUUGCAAGAUUUUUCUGUGGGGUGAAAGAGGUUCUCAAAGUAAGUUUCAUCUCACUCCUUGCAAGCAAGUGUGCCUUUCUAACACCCUAGAUAACCAAGGUCGUUACACUGUCUGA